AUGACCACAUCAUCCUCUCCUGUCCCCUCUUCUCCUGUCAGUAUCACCCGCUCGACCAGCUUGUCUGCCCGAAAGACGUAUUCUCGAAAAGCAUCGAUCAUAAGGGAGAAAAGAAAGGCCGAAGCUCUAGGGGAGGAUACGGACGAUAGUGAUGAGGAGAUCACAUAUGGGUCUGCUUCUACUAGCACCAAAGGGAAGGCAGUGAUCAAGGAUGGAUCGCCCAUAUCCAAAAAGGUCAAGGAAGCAAUAUCGCUGGUGGACACACAUAGUGAUAACUCACCUCAAAGUCGAAUCUCGAGGUCUUCUGGCGAUAGGAAACUCACGUCAGCUCGUAGUCUACCUUCAUCCCCUUCGGGAAGUAGGACACCCUCACCUUCGCCACCACCAAUCAAGAAAUCCAGAUCUACCAAUAUCAUUCCCACUUCUACCACGCCAAGCACUAUAUCGAAAUCGAAAGCACAACCAAAACGUUCAGCUCCCAUAGUCGACGUCCAUCCACCUUCAUCUUCUCCACCUCUACCACCCGACGCUAGAGCACCUUCCACCCCGCCCCGAAAACUCAGAUCACUCUCUCGAACCAAUACACCUCAAGGAUCACCAUCGGCAUACGAAGAUCUGUUUUCGGCUGUUUCACCAAGGAAAGGUUAUUUCGAGUCACCUGGUAAAUUCACUUCGCCCGGUACGCUUGAUGUCUCCAAUCGACCAAAGUUGGGCAGACCAGGGGGGAUGAGGAGAAUGUUGACGAAGAGUCAGAGUAUGACUUCAGUGCCGAUUAGUCCGUCCAAAGGCAACAAAGAAGAACAAGGUGUUGAUGAGGACGAUAAGAGUUCUUUCGGAGGAUCAAUGACCCAUUCACCUGCUCAGCAAACUCAACAGGCUCCUACAACACCUUCAAAAUCACUUUUACGUACUCAAUCCAUGCCUGAAUCACCCUCACGUUCAUCACCACGAGGUACAGAUCAAGCAAGCUCAGCGACAAUCCCUGCGCAAGUGGCAAGUGGUAGUGGUGGUGGAUCGGGAGGAAGAGCCAAAAGGACGUAUGGCGGUAAACGAUCGAUGUUAGCUGAAGUAUCUCAAGUAAAUCUCGACAUAGCGAAUGUAUCAAGGGAAGAGCUGGGUGUAGAAGAGACAGCUCCUGAAGCUAGUUAUGCAGAGUUGAGGAAAAAGUACGAAACUGAUAAUAAUGAGACGCAGAAUGGUUCUGGUAAUCUCAUGGCCGAGCUACUAUUGGCAAGAGCACCGCAAGCUGUAUCAGAUAUGAGAUCGAAAGGGGAGAACAGAAGAUUCAUGGAUGAACUAUCUUGUUUGAUAGAGGGAAUCACCGAUCCAAGUAUGGGAAUGUCAUUCAAGAGAACUAGUGCCAUCGAUAUUCUGGACAAUAUGCAGGACGAGAGCUGGUUGGCCAAGAUGAACAUAUGCGGUCAAGUGGAGAAAGUUUGGGAGAGUUUUAUGGAAGCUAGAGGGGAAGAACCUGAUUUGGCUAUGGAAACUAUCUGUAUGCUAAUGCUAGAGACUCUGCAACAAUCAAAUUCUGGGAUCGAACAUAUAUUAUUGAAUGAUGUCGAGAAGGUAUUGGAUUUACUGUUGAGAAAUCUUAAGACCAGGGAAGGACCGCUUGAUGGGAAUGUCAAAGGGAAAGCCAACGGCUCGACACAGAAAAUUCGACGCAUUUUCGCCUCGAUGCGAUCGGCAUCCUCAUCAGUUACCCCAAGCACACGACUGCUCGCUUCUACCGUACUUGGCAAUAUCUAUCAAUCGAGUUUACUGAAGGAUCUGAGUCCGGCUGUCAAUGGUGCUCAUAUAUUUGAGAAGGUGACAAAGAGUUUGAGAUCUGAAGUCAAAAUACUUGGUGUAAGAUUUGAUCUCAACGAGAAAGGCCUGGAUCUUCUACCGUCGGAUAGCCCACCUGAUUUCGAUCAUGUUUAUGCGCUACUCCAGAUCAUCGCUCAUACCUUGAGUAACGCCGAUGACCGUCCGCAUGAGCUGCAACAAAGACAUAAAGACCUUAUCGAGGAUCUCAUAAUCAUCAUCAUUGCAUGCAGUAGUCUGGUCUUGAAUGAAGAAGGUGUCUCGGUCAAUACUUCACGCUGCGUACUCCAAUCUCUUCAACUGCUUCUCAUAGUCACCGAUGCGUCCCCCGAAUGGGCCCCGCAGAUCAUACAAGUACAAGGCGGCGUAACGAGUUUGGCACGAAUGAUACUCCAACGUGGUCAUUUCAUUCCUGGAGCUCGCCCGUCCGAUAAUGACAACGAGGAACAAAGUCAACUAACUGAAAUGGAUGUCGACAUGGAAACGCAGGGUGUCUCGACAUCUGGUCUCCUGGAGGAUUCCCUACUUACUGUUCUGGCGGUGUUGAUCCAAUGUAUCCGGUCGGGUGACGAGACUAUCAAAGUGAUUGCGAGUACAAAGAUCGACUCGAGCUGUACAGGGAAAUAUGGAUGUUUACGAAAAUGCCAUUGUCUCGAUACACUGUCUCUGACUCAUCAUCUUUCUAAUCUGUACUUUGAGUAUUCCCAUAUUGACAGAAGUAUAUUCGCCAAAGCUAUCGCCGGAUACUUGGCAUUGGUAAUCACUAAAUUCAUAUCAUCUCUCGACGAGGUACAGGAACUGGAUAUCAAAUCAUUACCUGGAGGGUCGAGACGGGAGAAACUGGAGGGAUUGAGAGCUUCAUUGAGAGGACUGAAAUAUGAAUUACACCAGAACCUCAAACGAUUAUUGAUGUCUAACAGUGCGACAACGCAGAAUGAAGAGCAAUUAAAUGAUGAGGAUGAGGAUGAAGGUGAGAUGCAAGAUAUUCGUAGGGCAUUGGACGAUCUGGAAGGGAUGAUUAGAGAAUUGAUUUGA